AUGUCACCUGAAAGACUGGGCAGAACAACAGUAUGCAACAUUAUAAAUGAAACAACAAAGGCUAUUUGGUAUGUGUUAAAACCAUGUUAUUUAAAGGCACCAAGUACAUUAAAUGAGUGGAAAGAAUUGGCAAACCAAUUUGAAAAUGAAUGGAACUUUCCUAAUUGUAUUGGAGCAAUUGAUGGUAAACAUGUAUGUAUAGAAGCUCCUAGUUUGAGUGGAUCAGCAUAUUACAACUAUAAAAACUUUCACAGUAUGGUUUUGCUAGCCAUAUGUGAUGCAAAAUAUUGUUUUACUUUGGUUGAUAUAGGUAGCUAUGGUAGAGAUAACAAUGCUUCAAUAUUCAAUGAAAGUAAAAUGGGUAAAGCUUUCAAAAACAACUUAUUCAAACUUUCUAAAAACCGAAUGCUAUCAAAUGGCACACAAGUACCACCAGUUCUGGUUGGUGAUGAUAUUUUUGCACUGAAAUCAUGGUUAAUGAAGCCUUUUUCUGGUAAAAAUUUGACAAUCAAAGAACGUAUUUUUAACUAUCGAUUAUCUAGGACUAGACGAACAAUUGAAAACACAUUUGGAAUUAUGGUAGCUAAAUGGAGAGUAUUUAGGAUCAAUGAUGGUAUUAACUAUGUACCAUCUGGAUUUGUUGAUUUUGAAACAAAUUCUGGUAAAGUUAUUCCUAGAGACUGGUGCAAAAUAACAGUUGAAGGUAAUGCUUUAAAUAUUUUACCUCAAUGUAUAAGCAAUCGAUACACAACAGAUGCGAACACUGUAAGAUUAACGCUAACAAAGUAUUUUAAUCAUCCAAGUGGAUCCUUGUCGUGGCAACAUGACUAUGUAACUAGUUGUGGACACGAUCUUGCAGGAAAUAGAAUAUUUUUGGAACAAUGA